AUGGAGCUCUCAUUGGAUGGAGGCGCGGUCGAUCCGCCUAAGGCCAGGAAGCCCAUUGGAUACGAGGCCUUCGGGCCGCCCUCAGCCUGCUGGGAUUGGCUCUCUGUGCGUUGGCGCAACGGAAGAGGCGGCCGGGCGAGGGUGCGCCUUUGCUCCGGCUGGACUGCCGCGGAGGAGGCGACGAGGGGUCCUGCGCUGGGGGCCUGGCUCGGACGGCAGCGGUGGCUGCUGCGGAUGGGAUCGGGCCGGUUCGGCGAGCCCAUGGAGCGCCACGGCAGGGCCGCGGCCGCCGCUACCUCCUCGUCGGCCCAGGAGUCGGCGCCCGCCGCCGGGGCCUCGGCUUCGGGGGAGGGCGUUAGGCGGGACCGGCCAGGCUCCUACAGCGGCGCUACUUCGGCCUCCCGCCAUCGCGUCGAAAGCCGCAGGAAGAAGCGGCCGCUAUUCCCAUGGUUUGGCUUGGAUAUUGGUGGAACCUUGGUCAAGCUGGUUUAUUUUGAACCCAAAGACAUCACUGCUGAAGAAGAAGAAGAAGAAGUAGAAAGUCUUAAAAGCAUUCGGAAGUACCUGACCUCUAACGUGGCUUACGGGUCCACGGGUAUUCGGGACGUGCACCUGGAGCUGAAGGACCUGACUCUGUGUGGACGCAAAGGCAAUCUGCACUUUAUACGCUUUCCCACUCAUGACAUGCCUGCUUUUAUUCAGAUGGGCAGAGAUAAAAACUUCUCAAGUCUCCACACUGUCUUUUGUGCCACUGGAGGUGGAGCGUACAAAUUUGAGCAGGAUUUCCUCACAAUAGGUGAUCUUCAGCUUUGUAAACUUGAUGAACUAGAUUGCUUAAUAAAAGGAAUCUUAUACAUUGACUCAGUUGGAUUCAAUGGACGGUCACAGUGCUAUUACUUUGAAAAUCCUGCUGAUUCUGAGAAAUGUCAGAAAUUACCAUUUGACUUGAAAAAUCCAUACCCUCUACUUCUGGUGAACAUUGGUUCUGGGGUUAGCAUCUUAGCAGUAUACUCCAAAGAUAAUUACAAGCGAGUCACAGGUACCAGUCUUGGAGGAGGAACUUUUUUUGGUCUCUGCUGUCUUCUUACUGGCUGUACCACUUUUGAAGAAGCUCUUGAAAUGGCAUCUCGUGGAGAUAGCACUAAAGUGGACAAACUAGUGCGAGACAUUUAUGGAGGGGACUAUGAGAGGUUUGGACUGCCAGGCUGGGCGGUGGCUUCGAGUUUUGGAAACAUGAUGAGCAAGGAGAAGCGAGAGGCGGUCAGCAAAGAGGACCUCGCCAGAGCGACGUUGAUCACCAUCACCAACAACAUCGGCUCUAUAGCAAGAAUGUGUGCCCUUAAUGAAAACAUUAACCAGGUGGUAUUUGUUGGAAACUUCUUGAGAAUAAAUACGAUCGCCAUGCGGCUUUUGGCGUACGCUUUGGAUUACUGGUCCAAGGGGCAGUUGAAAGCACUUUUUUCGGAACAUGAGGGUUAUUUUGGAGCCGUUGGAGCACUCCUUGAACUGUUGAAGAUCCCCUGAUCUGUACCUGGGGAGGGGUCUUGGAAUCUUCCACUCUGGGAUCUCUGGACUUUUGUUUUUUAAGAGACUUAACUCAGUUUUAUGAUGUGUACUACCUGAAUCAAAGCAAGAGAGGACAAGUGUUUUUCUAAGUUAUCAAGAUCACUCCUUAAAAAUGUCAGUCUAACGUAGUGACUGAUAACACGUGUCUAAAGAAGCGGACAUGUUCAUGGCAGUGAGGAUAUGCUGUGUAAGAUGCUGUUCAGUGUAUCCUCGCUAAACAUGCUGCGUAUUCCUGCAAGUUAGCUUUACUGGAGCCACUUCAGGGGAGAGCUGUUCAGUGUUCGGCUGGCCGGUUUUGUGUCCUAUUUGACUUGGCUGAAUGUAAAGCAAGCUACUGUGUUAAGAUCACAACGUUGUCGCUGGCCGUGGAGGUCAUCCAAGUACUCGCUCUGGUGUGCAUGGACCCUUCGUGUGAACACAUUGAAAAAUAUGUUUUAUUUCAA